CCCGCAGCGCCGGUCGGGAGCGUAGCGAGGCGCAGCUCGGCGCGCUGAGCGGGAGCGGCGCGCGAGUGGUCGGGCCUGGCGGCUGGACGGGCGCCUCUGGCCGCCCCGCGCGCUCCCCGCCGCCCCCCAUGAGCGCAGCGCCGCACGGCCCGGGUCCGUAGGUGGCGGGGCGCCCCCCAUGCUGCUGCAGCCCGCGCCGUGCGCCCCAAGCGCGGGCUUCCCGCGGCCCCCGGCCGCCCCCGGCGCCAUGCACGGCUCCCAGAAGGACACCACGUUCACCAAGAUCUUCGUGGGCGGCCUGCCGUACCACACCACAGACGCCUCGCUCAGGAAGUACUUCGAGGGCUUUGGCGACAUCGAGGAGGCCGUGGUCAUCACCGACCGCCAGACGGGCAAGUCCCGCGGCUACGGCUUCGCAGCCCCUGAGGUGUCCGUGCUCCUCCAGGUGACCAUGGCCGACCGGGCGGCAGCUGAGAGGGCUUGCAAAGACCCCAACCCCAUCAUCGACGGCCGCAAGGCCAACGUGAACCUGGCGUAUCUGGGCGCCAAGCCGCGGAGCCUCCAGACGGGCUUUGCCAUUGGGGUGCAGCAGCUGCACCCUGCACUGAUCCAGCGGACUUACGGGCUGACCCCGCACUACAUCUACCCGCCAGCCAUCGUGCAGCCCAGCGUGGUGAUCCCGGCUGCCCCCGUCCCGUCGCUGUCCUCGCCCUACAUUGAGUACACGCCUGCCAGCCCGGCCUAUGCCCAGUACCCACCGGCUGCCUACGACCAGUACCCAUAUGCUGCCUCGCCAGCUACGGCUGCCAGCUUCAUGGGCUACAGCUACCCGGCCGCUGUGCCCCAGGCCCUCUCGGCUGCAGCCCCCGCAGGCACCACCUUCGUGCAGUACCAGGCGCCACAGCUGCAGCCUGACAGGAUGCAGUGAGGGGCAUUCCUGCCCCGAGAACUGUGGCAUUGUCACCUUCACAGCAGACAGAGCUGCCAGGUCACAGUGGGCUGGCGGCAGCCUGGCUGAGCUUCAGUGAGGUGCCACCAGCACCCGUGCCUCCGAAGACCGCCCGGGCACUCUGCCUGCGCCCUGGGACCAUGGAGAGACAGCUUCUCUUUAAAUCUAGGUCCCAUGGUGUCUUGAGGGAGGACUUGAAGAAUGACUGAGAGCUAUUUAAAGAUGCAACCCCACGUUCCUUGCACACCACGGCAGCCUCUCCUUGCACCUUCUCCUGCCUCUCCACACUCCAGGUGCCCUCAGGCUUGUGUCCACCGCGGUACCUGGCUGGGGUGUCACGGACCCUCUGCAGCCCCUGGCCGCCCUGGACCCUGCAGAGAUGCCUGACUCCAGGGAACCUGAGAGCAAGAAGUGAAUGGACUUGAUUGUAAGUUGACCCUCGCAAACUGUGAGUGCGGUCCCAGGUGGGGACACAGCCUCCUGCUGGAGUCCCAUUUUCUCCAUCAGGGCGCGUGGGUGGCUUCCUCAAGCCGGAGGAGCUCCCAGGCGUGCAGGGGCCGCUGGUGUCGGGCUGCCAGCCAAAGGCCCCUUUCAGUCAAAGCACUGAAGUCGCAACUUUUUUCUUGUAAUUGUUUUGCUACUUAGAUAAUUUCAGAAGUUCAGUCUAUUUUUUCAGCGGAUACUGCCGCCACCAAGAAUCCAAAACCUAUUUUUGACUUGGAGAGACUUGCUUUUGUUGGUUCCGCCCACGGGGACGACGACAGUGUUUCUGUGUAAUAAAGUGUCUGCCAGCUUGCGGGCCAGGAGCCUCUCAGUGGGGCAGGCACUGCAGACAGCAGGCCCCGCGGGCCCGCCCGCGCCAGUCUGAUUCCACCUGCUUGGGCACAGUGAGUUGUCUCAGGACCCCCUCACUGUGACACUGAUGCUCCUCCCCCCCAGCUCUCUAACCACUGUGGAAGGGCAAGGGAGUGACCCACAGGUUCAGUCCACUCAGGGUCUAGACCACGGUGGUGCCAGCUUUGUUGGGGCCCUGAGCUCUGCCUGCUGGGUGGUUGAAUGCAGGAGGAGGCACCUCUUCCCUCUCCCCCUGUACCACCUGCUGUGUGCCAGCCCAAGACCGUUCCUGCCGUCUUUGGGUUAGUGAAGGGAGAAGGCUGUUCUGCCAGCCAUGGCAGGGCUGCUAUGGGGCAUCCAGGGCUGUGGGGGUCCAAGGAGGGGUGCAAGGUGAGAGGUAUCCUGGCCAAGGGCGGGGGGCAGCGCGGGGGGGGUCUCCCUCCGGACCUACCUCAGGGAGCUGAGCGUGCCGGCGCUCCAGGGCAGGCCUGGGACAGAGUCAAGGCCCAGAGAAUAAAGGUAGCUAAUCUCAUAAUAAUAUUUUUAUUAGAAUGUUCUGAUGAUAAAAAUAAAACUUGUUUUCUUUAAAGAAAAA